GAAGCAGCAAAAGCACAUGAGGAAAGUUUGUAUAACAGCAAACUGUGAGUCACAGAGAAGCUCAGCAGUUCAGAGCCAUCAUGACAGCUCCAACCUUCCAGUCCUGUGUUCUCCUUUGCAUCAUUGGAUCCAUCACUACCAUACUUGCACUGCCCCCAACAGAGGCCCCGCUGUUCAAGGGGCAUCCUUUUGUGGCCAUUUGGAAUGCUCCAACUGAUAAGUGUCAGCAUCUCCACAUCCCACUGGACACUGCAGCCUUCAAGGCGGUGACCAAACCAAACUUGGUGCCAGGGCAGUUCCUGACCAUUUUCUACGAGGAACGACUAGGCCUCUACCCUAAAGUUGACAACAAAGGAGACAAGACCUACAAUGGUGGAAUCCCUCAACGAGGCCACCUGACAGAACACCUGGCAAAGGCAAAGAACCAGAUAGAUAGGUACAUCUCCAAGGACUCUUCUCAUGGGCUAGCUGUCAUUGACUGGGAGUCCUGGCGUCCCCUGUGGGACCGAAACUGGGGGUCAAAGCAUGUUUAUCAGAAGUUGUCUAUUGCUUACGCAAAGCAGAUGUUUCCUUUUUUAACGAGGAAAAAAGUCUCAGAACGUGCAAUGGUAGACUUCCAGGAUGCUGGACGACGUUUCAUGGAGAAGACCCUUAGCCUCGGCAUCAGUGAACGUCCGAACCGCCACUGGGGCUUCUACCUGUUGCCUGACUGCUACAACUACGACUGGAAAAAUAAAGACUACACAGGGAAGUGCCCUGCGGAGAUGCAAAAGCAGAACAACAAACUGCUGUGGCUCUGGGAGCGCAGCACCGCCCUCUUCCCUUCCAUCUAUCUAAAAAAAAACCUGAGUAACACCGCCAAAGCCACGCUGUUCGCCCGCAACCGAGUCCAGGAAGCAGUGAGGGUAUCCAAGCUGCCCAAACAUCCAUACACAGUACCAAUCUACGUCUACCAAAAGCCAUUGUACCGGGAACAAGCCAAGAAGUUCCUGAGCAAGACUGAUUUGGUGAGCACUAUUGGAGAAUCUGCAGCUCUGGGAGCUUCAGGGAUAAUAAUGUGGGGAGCAACCAAAGACUACUACCACAAGGGUGCCUGUCAUUCUCUGUCCAAGUACCUGGAAUCCACCUUGAACCCUUACGUUGCCAACGUGACGGCGGCCGCCAUGCUCUGCAGCCAGGUCUUGUGUCAGGGGAAGGGCCGCUGUGUCAGGAAGAACUACGACUCCACCCACUACCUUCACCUGAACCCCACCCACUUCAGCAUCAAGAAGGCCGACAGGAAGUACGUGGCCGUUGGUCUUCCAUCUGCUGCUGAUCUUAAAACAUGGGCCGAAAACUUCACCUGUCAGUGCUACAUGGGAUCCAGAUGUUCACCGAAACUGCUGCGUCCUAAAAGGACCAAACACAUCUGGGUUUAAUCUGUAAACUUAAGCUCAUGAGCAUAACAGUUAUGUAGUUAUUGAAGCAAUUAAAACAACUCUAAUCUGAUGAAA